AUGUCAGACCAAAAGUCCUACUCCGCAAACUGCCACUGCGGCAACGUCAAACUCUCCUUCUCCACAUCCUCUCCAAUCGAAGAAACGGACGUUGUCUCAUGCAACUGCUCCAUCUGCCACAUCAACGGCUACAUGCUCACCUUCGUCCCCACCUCAGAGGUCACCUUUGAGACGGACAAGGACGCAGUAACGGCAUACCGCUUCGCAUCGCGCAAUUACCCCCAUUACUUCUGCCGGACCUGUGGGACGAGCAUGUAUGCUCAGUCGGCUCUUCCUGGUGAAGAUCGGCCUACGGGGAUCAAUGUACGCACGAUUCACGGGAUUGAUAUCAAGGCGUUGAAGGUUAAGGAGUAUGAUGGGAAGAACUUGUUGUAA